GUAAAACUUCUUCCCCCUCAUCGUUUUCUUUUUGUUUUGUUUGACCAUGAACUCUAGACAUUUAGGGCGUAUCUUUAGGCAAGCACUGCCUCAUAUAAACAAAAGACUAUCCGCACAAACUCUUUGUCGAAUUGUCUGUGCACGCACCUUGAACACGUCUCGAUUACCAACACAACCACUGACAGUAUCUCACACGCUCACAAAAAGUAUACCUCAGCCUAAAAUAUUUCAUAAAGUCCUUGUUGCUAAUCGAGGUGAAAUUGCUUGUCGGAUUAUAAAGACAUGCAAACGACUAGGGAUCAAAACUGUAGCUGUAUAUUCUGAUCUGGAUGCUAAUGCACUUCAUGUCCAGCUGGCUGAUGAAGCUGUCCAUUUAGGUCCUGCUUCUUCUUCAGAAUCGUAUCUUUCCAUACCACGCAUCAUGUCAGCAAUCGAACAAACAGGGGCUGACGCAGUGCAUCCUGGCUAUGGGUUUUUGAGUGAGAAUCCCACUUUUGUAAAGACACUGGAAGAGCAUCACGUGGUGUUUAUUGGACCAAGAGCAUCUGCCAUUGCAGCCAUGGGUGAUAAAUUACAGAGUAAGCUUAUUGCUAAAGCAAGUGGAGUGCAUUGUAUUCCUGGUUAUGAUGGAGAAGUCAAGGAUAUCAAGGAAGCAGUCAAGAUUGCUCAUGGCAUUGGAUAUCCUGUCAUGAUCAAAGCAAGUGCAGGUGGAGGUGGGAAAGGCAUGCGCAUUGCUUGGAACGAUGUAGAACUGAAAGACGGAUUUAAGCUAGCAAAACAAGAAUCCAAGUCUUCAUUUGGUGAUGAUCGCAUGUUGAUUGAAAAGUAUAUUGAUAACCCACGACAUAUUGAAAUACAAGUGUUGGGCGAUAAUUAUGGUCAUGUCGUCUACCUGCCUGAGCGAGAAUGCUCUAUUCAGCGCAGAAAUCAAAAAGUGAUUGAAGAAUCACCGAGUGUUCAUGUAGACGAAAUAACACGAUGCAACAUGGGCGAACAAGCUGUGGCAUUAGCCAAACAUGUUGGUUAUAAUUCAGCAGGCACAGUUGAAUUCUUGGUAGACAGCGAGCGUAAUUUCUAUUUUCUCGAGAUGAACACACGAUUGCAGGUAGAGCAUCCUAUUACAGAGUACGUGACAAACCUUGAUCUAGUAGAACAUAUGCUGUAUUCAGCAUCGAAUCGCCCCUUGUCGCUGAACCAAGAUCAGAUUCAGUUAAAUGGAUGGGCUAUGGAAGCCCGUGUUUAUGCUGAAGACCCUAAGCUUUAUUUGCCUUCCGUAGGCCGAUUAUUGACAUAUCAAGAACCUGAAUCUGUACGUUGUGACUCGGGUUUUAUUGAAGGGUCCGAAAUGCAUGUAGAAUAUGAUCCAUUGAUCUGCAAACUAGCAACUCACGGUAACACAAGGCAAGAGGCAUUACGAAAAAUGUUGAGUGCUUUGGACGAAUAUGUCAUUAAAGGUGUGACACAUAACAUACCUUUACUCCGAGCUGUCUUUGCUCAUCCACGGUUCCAAGAGGGUACAAAGAUCACCACACACUUUUUGGCCGAAGAGUAUCCAGAAGGGUUCAAGACAGAUCCGCUAAAGGCAGAACAAGUACAACAACUUGCUGCUGUAUCAGGCGCAUUAUGGCUUAAAAAAGAGCUUCAACACUGGCAAGGACAACCUCCAACAGGACCCGAAGAUAUCUGGGUCAAAAUUAAAGAUGAGCAAAGCCAGCAUGAAUCAGAAACCAAUAUUCAAAUUAAACAAAAGAACACAGAUGAAUUUCAAGCUUCAACACCAUCUGAUUGUUUGGAUUUCUCAACAGAAUGGCCCCUCAAUAGUUUACUCGCACACGCCACAAUCAACAAAAGUAAAAAGCUUGUCUUGCAAUAUUUGGAUUCACUUAUCAUGGGAUUCCGUAUCCAAUAUCAAGGCAACCCAUACCAGAUAGUCCAUAGCCCUAUGCCAGGUCGAAUUGUCAGCAUUGCAAUCAACGAAGGGGAUGAAGUGACAGAAGGUGCAGAGCUUAUUGUUAUUGAGGCUAUGAAGAUGCAGAAUAUCUUGAGGGCACCAAGACUAGGUAAAAUCAAACGAGUUCAUUUUGGGCAUACAUUAAGAACCUCUUUAAAUCCUGAUUGGACCUAUCACUAUGUUGCUUAUGAUGAUUUAAAAGCAAUUUUAAAAAAGGAAGCUCUUGGUGGCGUCUGGUCAGAAGAAAGUGAAAGCAAGUUUGUCGAACUCCUUGAAAAAGAACUUGAUAAAGUCUAUACCUUCCAGCGCGUUAAGCUUGGUGAAAUCAAUCGACGCAUUGAACAAGAAGCAAGAGAAGUCGAUAUUUUAUGUCAAUCCGAAAACCCCGAAGAAGAUGAAUUUACAGCCUCAGAAAUUGAGUUGGGACACAUUAUUGCAGAUGUUCAUGAUUUAGCAAAAUUCACUCGUUUAAACUAUACUGGAUUUCUCAAGAUCAUCAAGAAGCAUGAUAAAGUGACAGGAUGGCCACUCAAGCCCAUGUUUGGUGUUCGUUUAAAUGCCAAACCAUUUUAUAAAGAAAACUAUGAUGCUCUGAUCAUUCGUAUCUCUUCUUUAUAUGAUCGUGUACGUACCAGAGGUAAAGAGCGUGUUGGUGACUCGGGUGCUGGUGGUAAACAAUCUGCCUUUGUUAGAAAUACAACCAAAUACUGGGUGCACCCUGAUAACAUUACCGAGCUCAAGCUAUUCAUCCUCAAGCACUUGCCCGUACUUGUUUUUAAUCCAAACAAGGAAUUUGAAACUCAGGACUCUGCUAUCUCUAGUAUUUACUAUGACAAUGACGAUUUCGAGCUUUAUAUGGGUCGUUUAGAAAAGACAGAGGGUGCUGAGGCCAUCCGUAUGCGUUGGUAUGGUGGUAUGGACUCCAACACCAUCUUUGUGGAACGCAAGACCCACCACGAAGAUUGGACAGGUGAAAAGUCCGUCAAAGCACGUUUUCCAAUCAAAGAAAAGUAUUUGAAUAGCUUCCUUCAAGGCAACUAUACCACGGAUGAACUCUUUGCUAAAACCCGGGAACAAGGUCGUAAAUCCGAAAAAGAAAUUCAAGAGCUUGAACAGCUUGCAGAAGAGGUUCAAUACACUGUCUUGACAAAGCGUCUUCAUCCUAUGAUGCGUACCUUUUAUAACCGUACUGCUUUCCAAUUGCCUGGUGAUGCUCGUGUACGUAUUAGUUUAGAUACUGAAUUGACUUUGAUUCGUGAAGAUAACGGUGAUGGCCGUGUGCGUUCAGGCGAUAAUUGGCGUCGUAUGGAUAUUGGUGUUGAUUACCCCUUUAAGCAAUUGUCUGAGUCUGACAUAUGUCGUUUUCCUUAUGCUGUCCUGGAAGUCAAGUUGCAAACACAUGUUGGACAAGAACCACCUCAAUGGGUUGUUGAGCUGGUCAAUUCACAUCUUGUUGAAUCAGUACCUAAAUUUUCAAAGUUCAUUCAUGGCUGUGCUACUUUGAUGGAAGACAAGAUCAAUGUGUUGCCUUUUUGGUUGCCUCAGAUGGAUGUAGAUAUUCGUAAACCUCGUACUAAAGUCAUUGGUGUCUCUCGUCCUGAAGGACCUGGAAGUAGCUCUGUUUCAAAUAGCAGCACACGUGGAUUUGACGGAUCCAAGUUAACGACAGACGAACAUGUUCAACGCACUAUGCGUGAAGCCACUGAAUCAACACCUCUCAUCGGCGACGGCAAUUUUUAUACCAAUAACAAGAAAGAUCAAAGCCUAUUAAAACAGCUAUCACCAGCUGGUCUGACGAAGCUUUUCAAGAAGUCUAAAACGGUCUUUAUUAGAAAAGAAACACCUGCUAAACGUGGUCGCCCCAUCCCUACUAAAGCUCCUCCCGCUAAGACCUACUUUGCAAAUGAACGUACCUUUUUGCAUUGGCUCAAAUUUACUUUGUUGUUGGGUGGUCUAGCCAUUGGUCUUUUAAACUUUUCUGACAAAGUAGGUCGUAUUUCUGCUAUGAUGUUUACCGUUUUGUCCAUGUCUGUCAUGAUUUAUGCACUUUACAACUAUCAUAAUCGUGCUGAUAGAGUAGAACGAAAUGAAUUGGGCGACUUUUCUGACAAAUAUGGACCUGCUGUCUUGACUUUCUUUGUUGUAGCAGCUAUUUCAAUUAAUAUGUUCCUUCGUUUGACUAUGGAUAACGAUAAUUAAGAAUGAUAAACCUAGAUCUCAAUUAUUAUAAUAUCAAGACCGGAAUUGAACAAUUAUACUGUUUCAAUUACAAAUACCAAUUUGAUAUACUUUCUAUUUUAAAUAAAAUAAAACCUGGGCUUUUAUUACUUCUUCUAA